UGUGCACCGCCCGGUGUCAGUUUCGGAACCUCAGCCCGCGCACCUCGGCGCUGCUGGGCCUGAGCCGAGCGUCCGGCGAAGGUUGUUCCUCUUCCCGGCCGAGUCUUCUGCGGCCCUGGCACUCCCGCCCCGCGGCGUCCCACGUUCCCCCAGCCCGGGGCCCUGGGCGCGUGCGCUCCGUGCGGCUCUGCUCCGCGGGACUUUGUUUCCUCGUCGUCCCUCUUUGUUGCGCGGAACACCAGCUUAGCCAAAGCCCCCCGCCCCGGAGGGAGUUCGGCUUCUGCAGAAGGGCGGCUGCCGCGCGCUGCUCCGACCCCGCUUGCGGCCCCGCACGCCGCUGGUGCGCCCACCCAGCCUUCCUGGCACCCCGCCUGCGUCCGUUCGUCCGAGGAAGCCAGCCGCGACUUCAUUGAUGCACCCAUUCCAGUGGUGUAACGGUUGUUUCUGUGGCCUGGGACUGGUGAGCACCAACAAGUCCUGCUCGAUGCCACCCAUCAGUUUCCAGGACCUUCCACUCAACAUCUACAUGGUGAUCUUCGGCACCGGGAUUUUUGUCUUCAUGCUCAGCCUUAUCUUCUGCUGCUAUUUUAUCAGCAAACUCCGGAACCAGGCACAGAGUGAGCGGUAUGGAUACAAGGAGGUGGUGAUUAAAGGUGAUGCCAAGAAGUUACAAUUAUAUGGGCAGACCUGCGCAGUCUGUCUGGAAGACUUCAAGGGGAAGGAUGAGCUAGGCGUGCUCCCGUGCCAACACGCCUUUCACCGCAAGUGUCUGGUGAAAUGGCUGGAAGUUCGCUGUGUCUGCCCCAUGUGUAACAAGCCCAUUGCUGGUCCCUCAGAGGCCACGCAGAAUAUUGGGAUUCUAUUGGAUGAGCUGGUAUGAGUGCUGCAGCUACACCGAGACCUGGAGAAGACCUUUUGCCUCGUGGAUGCACAGGUGUAACAAACAGGACUGUAAGGUGAUGAUGGUCACUUUCCCCGUGAUGGGAAGGGUAGUCCAGGGCUGGGCUUCCACCCUCAGUGCGAGACCAGUGCCAGAUGUGCCCCCACUUCCUGCCUCAUGAAGCCUUCUUCCCUGCUACUCCAUGCUGGUGGCCUCACCCAUCAAGACCACCAUUUCCUGGUACUGGACUAUCUACCUGCCUUGUCCCUGCUCUGGGGGAAGGCGUCCAUCCCAAUCAAGAACAUGGAGGACAUCCUUUUUCAAGGUUCCCCUUAGGAGGAUGAGCUGCCCUGACCCAGAAGGGAUAAGAUGGGCUCUGCCCCCUCUACAGACCUUCCCUCCCCUUCUCAGUUCUUCUGGAGGAAGGAAAGAUCAAGGAACCAUGCACCUCCACAAGAGGCGAGGGAGGCUCUGUAUGAAACAGAAGAGCAGGGACAUUAAGGAAAAUGUCAAUGUUUACACGGGACCUAUGGAAACAAAGGCUGGCCGGUGCUGGCUGACUCCAGGGUAAGAGAGGGCCCUUCCCCUGCCAGGACCCAAGGUGCUAUCCAUUCAUUCUCUUCCUCAGUUAGAGCUUCCUGUUCCACGUUGAGGUUUGAGGACCCUCUAGAGGAGGGCUAGUUCUGUACUCCAAUUGAUUCCCAGGGGCAGUUUUUUUUUGUUGUUUUGUUUUUUUUUGGAUCAAAAGGGGCGUAGGGAUGAGGGUAUCUACCGUUGAGCAACAGAUACCUCCUUCCCUUUGUAAGUAGUAUUUUUAUACUUCUUCCUCACCUCUCAGGCUUUAGAUACGAAAUCCCCAGAAUGGAAGGGGGUGGGGAUUUUUUCUAUUCCUCCCUGCAGUGGGUGAGGGUGGGAGAAAGUUAUGUAUUUAAAGAAAAAUAAAUGUAAUACCAAGUUUCUCUAACCUA